GGUCGGACCCUAUUACCGGUCGGACAUCAUUACAAUCGGCUUUCUGUUUGAUAUUUUCCACCAUGAGUUACCGUUAAAUAUUUCUCCGCUCGGUUGUUGUCGUGUUAGUUUAAAGUUUCCCGCUGAAUCCAAACGUUACCGGACACUCAGCGGCGGAUUAAACGGACAAAAUAAACCCGGUGUAAGCGGUUUGAACCCGGAGCGGCGGAGUGAGUGAACCGCUACAUGCUACGUGUACAGUAACAACCUGAGCUAACAGACAGACAGACAGACACACAGACAGGCAGAGAGACAGACAGACUGAUAUGGAGUCGGGACAGAGCGGGUAGAAAACACGGAUUAUUAACCGUAUAAAUGUUCACAGUCGGUGCCGGUGAAGUGGCGGGAGGCUGUGUGAGCAGUUAGCACAGUUAGCUCAGUUAGCAUGGAGGACAGAAACAACACGGACUGAUUCCUGUUUCUGACAAAGUUUAAGUUUCUGUCGUCUGUUUGUGAAUUAAAGUGAAGUCAUAAACAUGAUGUACUCGUCGAGGAGAAAACCUGUGCUCUACUUCAAAGAGGAGAGAAGGUUCCUGUCUGCUAAGUGUACGGUCUACAAGCUGUUCGGCCUCUGCAUGGUGCUGCUGCUCGUCUCUCUCUUCUGGCUGCAGCUCAGCUGUUCAGGUGACAUGUAUGACGAUGGGCACCUCGGCCAGCCGCCGCCGUCGUGCCUCAGGGCCAACAGUCAGGUGUCUGCAGUGGACGACCCCUCCUGGGGUCCUCACAAACUGGCCCUCAUCGUCCCCUUCAGGGAACGCUUCGAUGAGCUGCUGAUGUUUGUUCCCUUCAUGCACACGUUCCUCAACAAGAAGAAGAUCCGACACAAGAUCGUCGUCAUCAACCAGGUGGAUCACUACAGGUUUAACCGAGCGUCUCUGAUCAACGUGGGUUACCUGGAGAGCGGUAACGACACGGACUACCUGGCGAUGCACGACGUGGACCUGCUGCCUCUGAACGAUGCUCUGCACUACGGUUUCCCUGAGAAGGGACCGUUCCACGUGGCCUCACCUGAGCUGCACCCGCUGUACCACUACAAGACCUACGUGGGAGGAAUCCUGCUGCUCACCAAGAAACAUUAUCACCUGUGUAACGGCAUGUCAAACAGGUUCUGGGGUUGGGGCAGAGAGGAUGACGAGUUCUACAGACGCCUGAGAAAAGCUGAGUUACAGCUGUUCAGACCGAGUGGAAUCACCACAGGAUAUAAAACCUUCCUCCACAUCCACGACUCGGCCUGGAGGAAGAGAGACCAGAAGAGAGUCGCCUCUCAGAAACAGGAGCAGUUUAAGGUGGACCCGGAGGGGGGGCUCACUAACCUCCGAUACCAGGUGGAGUCCAGACAGGAGCUGACCAUCAGCGGCGCUCCCUGCACCAUCAUCAACACCAAACUGGAGUGUGACCAGGACCAGACGCCCUGGUGUGUCCUGGCGUAGAGGACGCACGCAGGACGAGUGUCCGAGUCCCGACUGUUUCACCUGGAGGCUUUAAUGCUUUUUAUCUUGCGGUGCUACACAGAUCCUUUACGCUACGCGCUGGUCGUGGUUCUACUUUCUGCCUUGUAACGGACGCAGCAGCACCGACGGAUCUGCAGCUGGAGCAGUGAAACCAAACGAGGCUGCACUGAGCGACGGUACAAACACACGUGAUUAAUUCAAUCCUGCGCUGACACAACCUGGAGUUUAACAUCUCUGAGGAUCAAACCAACAACAUCAGGAACAUCUGGAGAAUAAAACCAGUGAAACGUUUUCAGUGUGUUAAAACCUCCUGAUGACGGUUUCAGUCACAGAACUUUAUCGACACAAACAGGAAGCUGGUGACUGUUUGACCUCAGACCUCAGAGGAUGGAGACAGACUGUUACACCAAACUGAACGCGGCCCAACCUGAGCUGGUUCAUUAGAUUAUUUCGGGGGGGUUGGUACCUGCUGGCGUGGAGUGAACGCAAACUUUAAAGUCUAUUUUGUUUUACUGGGAUCGUGCAAACGGAGCAGAGGGGGUACGGAGACGCUUCACCAGAGAUCAUCUGCCAAACAAGCAUCAUACUAUAACCUCAGACGCUUUAUUUUAGCUUUUUAUCAUGUGGGAGAAAUUUUAUUCUUCACAAACAAAAGUAUUUUACAAAGCUUGACGACUAACGUCAAAAGUGUUUCAUGGUAUUUUAUUUUGCUGCUGUUGAAAUGAAGAGAGGAGGUGUUAACGCUGACCCUCUUAUCGAUCACAGAAACAGGAAAUGUGUGAAUUAAAUUUUUUUUAAUCACCACAGAAAAAAAACUGAAGUUUAUUUUCAGAUCUGUUUCUCAUAAUCACCAGAAAACUGUGACGAGUUUCUAAUUAUGAGAAAACGUUCCCAGAUGUAUUUUCUGUGCUGAAUGUGUUUGUGUUCUCUACAAAGUAAACUGAGCCAAACUGAGCCGAACCAGGCUGAACUGAACUGUAGCAGAUCAUGACCUCAGCAUUUCAUGAUCGGAAACAGAAAUUAAUUUUCUAAUCCAGCAUCAGUGGGACAGAUUUGUUUCAACUUGGGAAGGAACCAAAGUGUCCUGCAGACCAUCCAGUCACACGUAGAGCCACAGUCUGCAGAUGAACAGCUAAAACUAAUCACUAAUUAUUAUCUUGGUUUAUUGAUCAAUGAUUUGGUCUGUAAAAGUCAGAAAAGUGAAUAAAGUUCCAGCCACCAAGGUGUAUAUAAAACUGAUGAAAACAGUCUCAGCUGGAGCUUUUGAUCACAUCACAUGACCUGUUGACUUGUCGUUACACAACUUGCGGUCCAAACUUUUAAACCAACAUGAGCAAAUAAAGUCCCGUAAGAAAAAAGGAAAUCUGAGCGUUUACAAUUUGGAAGUGAGCAAACUCAUCUGCUGAUGAUCAUGUGAUCAAAAGUUAAAGGUGACUGAACCUUCUGGCCUUGUGACAUGAAAUAGCUGUUAGUCAGUUAAAAUAAAAAUCAACCAGUCAGCACCACGACGGGACCAACGCCGUUGUCAUGCUGUUGUCAGGCAGGAUGCCAGAACCACUGAGGAGUAAUAACAAAAAUGCUAAGUGCAAUAAACAAGACAGAUGUUUCUAUAGAGGCCACUCUAAAUCAAUAUAUUCUCUUAAUGUAGUUUGUUCUGACUUCACUCUGCUUCAUUCUCAAAAUAUCGAUGAAAACAGGUAUGUUGCCACGACUACACAUUAGCGUGGAGUUAAAUGACAGUAGAUUCAGGCGAAUACGUUGCUCUCUAGUUAAUAGUUUGGAGGAAAUUGAAUCUCUGUCCCCCGAAGAAACUGGUUUUAAUGGAGGCAACGUCAGUCUGAAGAUGGAAACUGUUGAAACUUGGUGUUCUAAGUCCGACACGUACACAUGCCACGUCUUUAACCUCCUGGAGCGUGUGACUGUUAUAGUGACUUUAAAAAACGUCUUUUCAAAGUCUUGUGUUCAGUCGACAUCAGACAAUCACUGAAACUGAAAGUGGAGAAUUUACAGCGCUUUAGUUCUCGAUAAACUUUCUGUGUCGACCAAAUGUAAUCUGAUUUAAUCUCUAGCUGGUUCUUUGGUUCCUUCUCAGUCGAGACAUUUUGUCCUAAAACUGCUGAAAAAUCUAUUUUAAUAUUCACUCAUUACUCAUUUUAUAUCUAUUUUUUCUUCUUCAAAUUUCAUCAGUCGUUUAUUCCACGAGCAGUAAAGAGAGAAACUGAACUGAUGCUGUUUACCUCCUGAUUGUUUCCUACUGUUACUGUGAGAGUGUUGAUUCAUAACACAAGCAUGAUGACCAUGAUGAUGGCGAUGGCGUUACCUGUUGUCGCCCCGCUGAGAGAAACCAGGUGGGAGUGUAUUUAUUUUUGGAUGAAUCUUCUUUUAAUGUAUUUUUGAUUAUUUUUCAAAUGUUUGUUCAACUCAUUGUUUUUUCAGUUUUUAUAAACAAAGAUGAGUCGUCACGACGGGCCGCCGCCGCCGCCGCCGCCGCCGCCACCGCCGCUGGAAUUUAAAUGACAAAACAAAACCGAUGAGAAUUAUAAUUUAACUCUGUCUUCACUUUACAAACAGCAGAAUUUAGUCGUUGUCAGGAAGGAAGCUGUUCGUUAGUCACUCACUCUACAGCAGGAAACAGCACUUCAAAAUAAAAGCUCUGUGCCGGAAAUUCACUGAACUUCAAAAUUGCGUUUUUUACAAACUUGACACUUGCAGUUUAAUCAGAGUGGACCUGUGACCCACCAGUCGGGAAACACUGUACCAAACUCUAAUCAUUUAGAUUAAUUUCGUUAAAUCCUGGAUCCAGAUUUAAAGACAAACAUGAUUGUGCAGAAGCAGGCUGGAGUUUGAACUCAUAAAAUAAAAACCUUAAAAGUUUCCAUCAACGUUUAGAAAAUGUCUUUAAACGGUUAUUUCAAAAUAAGACGUCAGUUAUUAUCUGCUCGUUUACAGGAAGAUGCACAAUGUGGAGUUAAAGUCUCAACAAACAAACCAACACAUUUCCACAACUUUUUCUCUGGGUUACAUCUACGGAUGGUGUCGUUAGAUCUUAACGAUCCUACAGCUCUUACUGAUACAGCUUAUCGAUGUGGUACUUUAACGGCUCUCUUACCGGUUCUUUUUGGGUUUUUUAAAAGAACUUAUUACUUAAUUUUCUGUGUAUGAAAGUACAGUGUAUAAAUUAACAUUCUGCGACAGCAUUGUUUUAAAUUCAGUUUCAAUUUUCAAUUUUAUUUAUAUCACAAAUCACAGUUUGCCUCAGAGGGCUUUACAGAAUACAGGGUUUAAUAUAGGUUUCAGUCCGAGUUGUAUCGGUACAAUAACCUGCUCAAACAUACACAACAAAAAUCUGAGGUCACUUGUCUUGAAGCUGCGUCUUUAUAGGCGUCAUUUUCUCUUAAUUUGAAACCUGCAGAAAAGAAUCCUCAGGGCCCAGAGUAUUCACACUGUUCUUUUUCCUACAGUUGUUGCUGGAGCUCUUUUCCUUCUCCGUGCACUUUGGAUGUCUGUCUGCAACUAACAACCAGUCUGUCUGUUAUUUUCUUCAUUAAUCGUUAAAUGUCAGAAAAUGGUGAAAAAUGUUAAUCAGUGUUUCCCAAAACCCAAGAUCACUUCAGAAAUGUCUUGUUUUGUCCAUAACUCAAAGAUAUUCAGUCUACUGUCACAGAGGAGCAACGAAAGCAGAAAAUAUUCAUAUUUAAGGAGCUGAAAUCAGAAAAGUUUGAAUUUGAAAAUCACUCAAAACGAUUAUUUAAUUAGUUUGUGAUUGAUUUAAUACUUUGAAUCAAACCAAUCAAUCGCUGCAGCUCUGCUUUUGCCUGAAACCCCUCAUUGCUUCUUUUAGGUGUAACCAUCACCAGAAAUGUUAGCUGUGUUUGUUUGGUGGGAAGCCGGUGAGGGAUCUCAUGUUCGUUUUACAGCUGGAACUGGUUUAAUCUAAAUUAUCAGUACUUGUACUGUAAAGAGACAGAAUUUGGUUAAGAAAGAAUGUGUCCAUAGAAAUAUCUCGGCCGUGUCUAAUUCCUGGAUCUGUUUCAGUCUGGUCUGAUGUUCUCUGGUUCUCUGCUGUUGUUAUGUGCCGGUCGGCCUCCAGAGGGCGCUCUGAGGUUUUACAGGCCUGUGAUGUCACUGAUUUUAUUUUCCAGAGAUGCUGGUACCAUGUAUUUGUACAAUAUUCAGUAUUUAUAUAAAUCUGAGACGAUAAAACA